AUGGAGGCAAUAUUCAUGUCACUACAGAUGGAAACUUUCAUCAUCAUCACUGGUGCUCAGCUGGUGACUGUCCUCGCUUCUACAAACCAUCAUACUUCUUACCAAAGAUUCAAGAGAUGGAAGCACCCUGCUAUGACAUGGGCACCCAAUCUCAUACCUAAUGAGGUCAUCGACCAGUGCAAGAACUCAUAUGAAGCUGCUGAUGGCAAAAAGCAGAAGGCUGCUAUGGAUAGUUUCGAUGACACUGGUUUGAUGGCACUCAUUUGCUGCCAUGACAUCCCCCUAUUCUUUGCAAACAUUGAUACACCCGGUGAGCAGCAGAAAUAUGCUGUCGCCUUAUUAGAACAUCUGUUCUUGCUUCUUCCUACCAACACAACAGUCAUUACUUUGUAUGAUGUUGGCUGUGUACUAUCUCGUUCGCUUUCACAGACACUUCUAUUACUUCAUGCCUCCACUUUGCAACGACAGCUAUGCAUGCCUAUGGACACAAGUGGGGAUGCCAGCUUAUCUACAAUCCCCAUAUGUGCAGUGGACUCGACUCAAACAAAUGCCAUGCAGGACAUCCUCACUACCUGUGGUGUCUCUAUCAAAGAUCUAUGGUUGUUGUGGGCUGACCAACAACAUUCACAACUAUCUAUUUGUGCUCAUGCUCCUGCACAUCUCAAAAAAGAACUGGAUAUAGUUCUUGCUUUACAGGCUGAUAUGGCCACUUCAGAUCAGGCCUUGCAGACCACCCGUACCAUGCUCGAAAGGGAGGCAGCAUCGGAUAACACCAUGGUCGCUCUUGAUGGUUUAGAGAGGGGCCACCAACAUUUACUGGAGAAGGUCAAAGCACUCUAUGCUUCACUCAACAUUCAGGACAGGUUUCCAGAGCUUCAAGGUGUCAAUCUGGAUUUCAUCCAUACCCUUCUGAUGGCACAUAUCCCCUUCCGCUGUGUGCUCCACACCUCAGCAGGAUUGACUACACUCCAGAUUUACCCCUGA